AUGGUAGUUGCAAUCACGAAGUACUUUGACUGGACACUGGACCUACUGGACGUGGUGACAGCUUUGCUAUGCGGAGAGAUGAAGGAAAAGGUAUUCUGCGCGAUCCCAGAAGGGGUCGAAGUUGAUGAAGACUUUGACUGCUUCGAAUUGUUGAAGGCGAUCUACGGACUAAAACAAGCAUCGCGCGUAUGGAACGAGAAUUUCCAUGAGUUCGUCUGCUCCAUUGGAUUCCAAGUAUCCGAUUUUGACCCGUGUCUUUAUCUCAAGAUUACAAGUGGCGAGUGCGUGCUUUUGCUGGUAUACGUCGAUGAUGUGUUGGUGACUGGCAGCUCGACCGAACUGAUUAUGCGCACCAAGAGUGACUUGAAGGCGCGUUUCGAAAUGACUGACAGCGGCAAGUGCGCAUUCGUGUUGGGCAUCGAGAUGGUGUACAACGACAACGGUAGCGUGACGAUAUGCCAGCGACGCUACGUGGAAGAUGUUCUCAAGCGUUUUGGCAUGACCGACUGCAAAGCCGUCACCAGCCCAAUCAGUUCUUGA